ACACAUCGUUCAUCUCCAUCCAAGGGCUGUGUCUGCUCUGCCCUCCUCCAAUCUGAACAGCCUUGCUGGGAAGAUGCCACCAGUCCUGAUACUCCUGACCCUACUUCUGCCUCUUGGAGCCAGAGCAGAGGAGAUCAUCGGAGGCAAUGAGGUCAGUCCGCAUUCCCGCCCCUACAUGGCAUAUUUUGAGUUUCUCAAUGAUAACGGGAAGAAGACGUUCUGCGGAGGCUUCCUGGUGAGAGACAACUUCGUGCUGACGGCUGCUCACUGCAGAGGAAGAUCAAUGACAGUCACACUGGGGGCCCACAACAUCAAGGCUAAAGAGAAGACACAGCAGAUUAUCCCUGUGGCAAACGCCACUCCCCACCCUGCCUAUAAUCCUGAUAAACGUUCCAAUGACAUCAUGCUAUUAAAGCUGGUGAGAAGUGCCAAGAGGACUAGCGCUGUGAGGCCUCUCAACCUGCCCAGGCGCAAUGCCCAUGUGAAGCCAGGAGAUGUGUGCUACAUGGCUGGCUGGGGAAAGAUAACCCCACAGGGGGAAUUCCCCAACACACUGCGGGAGGUUGAGCUGACAGUACAGAAGGAUCGGGUCUGUGAGUCCCAGUUCCAACGUUCUUACAUCAAAGCGAGUGAGAUAUGUGUGGGAGACUCAAAGACCAAGGGAGCUUCCUUUGAGGAAGAUUCUGGAGGGCCUCUUGUGUGUAAAAAGGCAGCUGCAGGCAUUGUCUCCUACGGGAAAACUGAUGGAUCAGCUCCACAGGUCUUCACGAGAGUUUUAAGCUUUUUAUCCUGGAUAAAGAAAACUAUGAAAAACAGCUAAAUACAAGAAGCAGCAUGGAUCAUUUCCUGACUAACCAUCUUCCCUAUAGCUGAGUCCAGGAGUGCUCUAGGACAGAUGGCAGCAACUGAAUAAAGCACUUUUUUCUGACUGGAAA